GUGGGGGAGUUUCGAGUGAGUCGGUUGUGCCAUAGCGGAAUAACGGUACACCGCAUCCUUCAGAGAGGGGAGCCUGUGUGUGCGAGUAAGCAGCAGCCCCACACCAAAUUGAAUAAUUCCAGACAAUAAAAGAAUCGUUAAAGUGGAAGGAGAUGAUGAAGUGAAAAUAACAAAAUCAGUGAUAGCUGAAACAAACAAAGGAAAUAAAUAAUAACGAUACGAUUAAAUUAAAGGAAAGACGGAAGAAAGCAGCCAAGUCUUUGACUUUGAAGAGGGCCAAACAAAAGUCAGAGCCAUGAUUUGAGCUUCAGGGGAAGGAGUUGCAAAUGCGAAAACAACAAUGAGAUGCUGGCACAAUGCGGUGAGGCGCAAGAAGAAGAAGCUGGCAACGGCGGCGAGGGCGGGAAAAGGAUCAGGUGGGGCGGGAGGCGUGGCAAGUCCUCCAAAUGGAGAUGGCAUCUGCCAGAGGCAGCAACAAGUGGCCAGCGACACUUGGCUAACAACGCGGUCGGUCCCCCUUUUGUGGCUGCACUUGUUGCUGUUGGUCGCAUUUGCAAAACAUGCGGCAGCAGCAACAACUGCCACAAAUCCCGAGGCCACCACAACAACAUUAAACAACUAUACGGCGACGACAACACUAUCCGCAUCCACAUCCACGGCAACCACUUCAUCGGCAUCAGCAGCCGGGGAUAAGUUCUCUGGCAACUGGGCCAUCCUGGAGGAUUCAUUUAAGAACAUCGUGCGGAUCGGAGACGGCAACACGGUCACGCGGGCGGCCAUCGAACAAUCACUGGUAACGAUACACGACAUCGCCACGGAGAAUUUGGGGACAUUGUGCAUCUCGACCCUGUACCGACCCCUACAAGUGCCCAUCAACUCGGAACGAUAUGAGAGCUCCAGACAGAAAGCCGAUUUGGCCGCCUCGAUACUCCAGGAAGUUGGCAUCAUUCGGCACGGCGGAUUGUCGGAUGCCCUGGCCAAGGGACUGCUCACCGAUGACUUUGUAACCGGGGCCCGCAUUUUGGCCCUGAAUCUGACGAAUGGAGCGGUGCAGUCGUACGUGUGGUGGGUCAAGGGGGCCCAGUCGGAAACGCAGCGUUACGACGAGGAUGGGCUGCAGAUUGGCAAGAAGCCCGCAGGCAGCUAUCCCUGGUUCGACGACGAGACCUCGACACCCACGCUGCGUUCCCCGAAAUUCGCGCCCAGUCCGCCCAACAACUAUUACAAGGGCUGGUGGACCUUCCCCUACUUCUCAUGCUCCCUCAGCCGCUGGCUGGUGUCCUACAGCAUCGCAAUCCCGCCGAUUGGGCGCCACGGGCUAAGGGGUUUCAUCAGCAUCGACAUCGACGUGUCCACGCUGCGGGUCAACCAGUGCGAGGCGGAGCCCUAUCAAUUCGGGAGUCGCCGCCAGAAAAUGCAGCAGCUGCAGCAACAACAUCGCCUCACGGCACGGAGAUCCCCGUUUUUGGGUGGCAGGAUGGGGCUCAUUGAUGAGGGCACCAUCAACGAUCUGCAGGCGUUCCACAGCUCCCACAAGUGUCAUCGCACCUCCAUGGUGUGUGACUACCGCCAGCCGAGUGCGGAGACCCCGACAAUAAGCGGCGGAAAACUGCUGACCACGCUGACCGGGAGCAGCAGCUGGGCCCGGGGAUCCUACCAGUGCCUGUGCCGGGCGGGAUUCUACUCGCUGCGGCAUCCGGACGGAUUCAACGGCACCAUCAUGGAGAUUGCCUGGCAGGAGCAGCAGGACAAUAUAAGCAAUUACUACACGGAGGUCUUCAAGUGUUUGCCCUGCGCCCCUGGCUGUGACACGUGCACGGGUCCGGAGCCAUGUCUGGCCAACUACCACUGGCCAUUCAGAAUAUCCCUGUUGACCAUAUCGAUUGGCUGUGCCUGUGGCACCUUUGUACUCGCCGGCUAUCUCUUCCGGCAUCGUCGCGUCAAGGUCUUCAAGGUGGCCAGCCCCAUCUUCCUGAUGAUCACGCUCAUCGGCUGCGCCAUCAUGUAUCUGGAGAUGGUUGCCAUAUUUCCCUAUUUGGAUACAACCUGGUGUAUCGCCACCAAAUGGACGCGGCACAUGGGCUUUUGCAUCACCUACACUUCGCUGCUCAUGAAAACUUGGCGAGUUUCUCUGACUUAUCGCGUAAAGUCGGCCCACAAAAUAAAGCUGAAUGACCAGCAACUAUUGCAGUGGAUGGUCCCCAUUCUGUUGGUUAUGCUGAUCUAUUUGGGAACUUGGACCAUUUCGGCAACGCCAAAUGCUGAGGUGAUCUUGGACCAGAGUCAUUUAAAAUUCAAGCAGUGCUCGUACAAUUGGUGGGAUCACAGUUUGGCUAUCGGAGAAGUGUUCUUCCUGGCCUGGGGAAUCCGGGUGUGUUACAAUGUGCGGAACGCGGAGAGUCUGUACAACGAGGCGCGGCUCAUCUCGUACGCCAUAUACAACAUCGCCCUCGUCAACAUCGCCAUGGUGGCAUUCCACGUAAUGCUCUUUCCAAAUGCCGGACCCGAUUACAAAUACAUGCUGGGAUUUGUGCGUACCCAACUUUCGACGACCACCACCAUUGCCCUGGUAUUUGGGCCAAAGAUUUUGCGGGUUUUGAAAGGACAGGGAGACAAGUGGGAUCAGAAGGCCAAGGUGAGGAGCAUAACAGCCUCUUUCUCUCUGAAUGGAGUCGGUCUGGUCCCAGAGGAGUCGCCCGAUUUGUAUCAGGAGAAUGAAGAACUUAAGGAACAAGUCCAAAAGUUGGCCCACCAAAUUGAGUUCAUGAAGACUGUGCACAUGCAGAUGAACAACAGGCAUCUGAAGCCAAAGCCGGGCGGAUAUUUUACCAUAACGUCAACCUCGUUUCAAGCCCCUUAUAGCAAGAACACGGUUUCCACGGCGCAGACGCAAACUGGCAAGGAAGAGUCCAGUAGCACGCCAACGAAAUUAAAAUCGCCCAAGGGCAAAGUCUGACGAGGUCAACGAAGUGUUAAAGAUUGCUCAAUAGAAGUCGAUGGGAGGCAGGGCUCCACCACCCUGGUGGAGGACGCCAUUAAUUUUAAUUUCCACCAAUCGGAAUCGGAGGACAUGAUUACCCUGAAGGGAGAGCAGCCAGGAUCAGAGGAGGCGGCCUUGAUCGCCCAGUUUCGUCGCCUCUUUGCGCCCAUUUUGGAUGAUAGUUUGAACCUGUACUACCAACUCAACGACUUGGAUGACGCGGAGCACGUGAGGAUCCAUCAAACGGUGGCCCAGUUGAAUGAGCUGACCAGCAGCGAAGAGGAGACGAUGGUUACCCAGGUGAACAGCCCAUCGCCACCGGUGGAGGUGGAGCUACUGCUGCCAUUUUCCAGCGAUAGUUCCACGUCCAGUAGUUCCCUCUACGCGAUCCACACCCCGUCUCCGGCUCAUCCCAGUGGUCUGCUCUUGAUGCCCCAGAACUUGGAGUCACCAAUGCUGUCCUGCAGUGAUGCCAUCACGAUCACCGAGCAGGUGCAACUGCACAAUCCGCCGCAUCAUCUGCAGGUCCUCGAGGAUGAUAACAACACAUCCUGUUCGCUGUCAUCGAAUCUGACGGAUAGCAAAACCCUGGAUGGUCGUACACCCAUCGUAGUCUGACGGAUUCUCCACCCCGACCUGCUUAACUUGUGAUUUUGUUUACCCAGUCUUAGAGCAACAACAGUUAGCGAAAAACAAACAGCUUAAUGUUUAAUAUAGUCUUAAAUAAUGUUGGUGUGUAUGUGUCUGUCAAAGUUGUUAAUAUAUUAAAAGCGUUUAUGCGGAUGAAAGUGCAUUGUAUUCCUGCAGCAAGUAGUUUUAAAAUCAUUUUCUGGAACCCAACAUUUUUAAACAACCUGAGUAUUAUAAAAGGAAAAAAGCUUAAGAAAUAUCCCACCAACUAAUUUUUAUACCGGUUUUUUGAUUUUAUUACAACCCAUUGAAAACAAAAUCUGGUUUUAAAAUUUAAGUUCUUGAAUGUGAGAAAGUAUAAAAAAUAUUAUAUUAUUGUUAUGCUUGGCUUUAUUUAACUAUUCUAUCCAAGGAUUAUAAUUUUUUACAAUUUUCUUUAAAAGCUUCCCAUCAUCUUCAACUUUUCUACCGCAUAAACGCAACCUUCAUGUGUAUGUUAUAAUGUUUUAUUUUCGGCUUUUUAACCAUACACCCAUCCAUUAUACCAUCAUCCAUGAUCUCCAUCGUUUUAAAACCGAAAAGGGAUCAGCAUUGAGCAAAUUUUUCUCACUUCGUUCGGAUCGAAAAAGAAAGUUGUAUAGAAGAACUGUAGACGGCCAGAUGGUCCGAUGGGUCUCAUAGAGUCCGUCGGAACCCUUAGGGACUUGGCAUUAACAAAUCUUAUUUAUCUCUCAUGCACCUAGCGAAUUAAAUUGCAUUUUUCCUUCUUCUAUUUGCACUCAUUCAUAGAAUAAUUAUUAUUUUUUGCUUCGUAGUGAAAUUUACAUGGUUUUCAUCGUCAUAUAACCUUUAUAAAUUUACAUCUAAGCAUAGCAAAGAGUCGAUUUUAGUGUACAAGAUGAUACAUAUACUGAUAUAACAAAUAAAUAAAUAAAAGGAAAUUUUAGCGUACUAUUUUAAGCUGGGAAAGUGUUAACAGGCGCGCAAUUCUUCUUCAUACAGUUGGGCAAUACGUAUAAUGAAAAGUAUUUAAAAACCAAAAGAAAACACCUUAAUACGAAAUAUAAAACAUUGAAAGUAAGUUAAAGUUAAAUUAAAAUAUUGUAAAGGAAACAAUAUGGCAAAAUCAAAAAUAAAUGUUAUAAAAGUUAAGAACA